AAGCAACAAAGAACCCUAAUUAUAAAAAACAAGGAAAUGGCAAAGCUAUCAUUGGCUUUGGUAUUUGCCUUGACAUUCACAAUAUUGGGUUUCCCAGUCCGUACAGUUGUGGGUGAUGACGUCAGCAGCAAUAAUGUGUGGCUGAGCAUGUUCAAUCAAGCAAGCCUAAGCCAAGCUGGUGGUCUCUACUCUUCUUCAUCAGUUUCUGAGAGCACCAUUGAUGAAGCAAAGAAGGCUCUUGCAGAACACGAAUCAUCAUCAGCUUCAUCGUCGUAUUUGGAAGGUGUUAGAAACUCGAUUGCUCAAGCUGCUGCCAAGAAGGCUGCUGCUGAUGCUUUGAGUGGUUUCGGUUUUUCCACUCCCUCUCCUCCUUCUCUCCCUAAUUUCAGUGAUUGGGUUGAACAAGCACGCAAUAUGGAGAAAGGUAUAUUUAAGACUAAAGCUCCAGUGGAAGCACCAGCAGCUUCACCUUCAACUGCACCAGCAGCAUCACCUUCAGUGUCACCAGCUGCAUCACCAAGCUCUGCACCAAACACUGCACCAGUUGCAUCACCACAAACUGCACCAGUGGCAUCACCAAAAUUGACCCCAAGAAACAUACUCUUUUGGUGGUCCUCACUCAAAGCCUAA